AUGCGAGAAUAUGACAAUAAAAUUAAAAAUAAUUUGGAUAUUCUAGAAAAGAAGAAUAAAUGUACUGGUAAAAAGAAUAAAGUAAUUUAUCCAAGUGAAGAUACACAGAAAAAGUUGAUAGAAAAUUAUUUGGGGAAAAAUGAGAAAUUCAGAGAUGCUAUAAAAAUGACAAAAAAUUUGAAUAUAAAACGCUUGUUUGAUCGCAUUGAAGAUGAGGAAUAUAAGGUAAAUGUGAAUAAAAUGAUUGUGUGCCCGUCCAGUGUGGUUAAUUUUAAGAAAGAAAAGUUAAAUCGUGAAAGGCACAUUAUGUAA